UUUUCUCAGGGGAUUUUUGUUUUGAUUCUCUCUCUCUCUCUCUUUUUAAUCAUUUGAGUAUUUCAUUAUAUAAUCAUUUAAUUAAAAAUCAUAUUUUGUUAACUGGGAUCAUCUGGUAUGGCGAUGAAUGAAUCCGAUAAGACAAAAAUUAUGAAUGAGAAAGACGACGGUGACAAUGAAAAAACUGAAAUUAUUAAUGGUGGUGAUGGUGAUGAUGAUGAUGAAGAAAAAAUAAAAACAGGAUAUUUUGGUAUUCGAUCUUAUUUACAUCAUUUUUAUGAAAAUGUUUCCGAUGAACAAAUGACAACAGAAUUCAAAAAUAAACGAAAUAAACGUUCAAAAUUAUGGAUUACUGUUUUUAUAACAGGAAUGAUUUUAAUGUCAAUUGGUGUAACAAUGAUUUUAAUUGGUUUUACAAUCAAUCGUAUGCAAAUCGAUAUUGGUUAUCAAGAAGAAAUGCGUAUUAUUGAUAAAUCAGCAUAUGAAUUUAAUCAACAUUUAGAUCAAAUUAAAAUAAUUGGUCUUAUUUGUUUUGCAUUCGGUGGUUUAUUUGUUGCUUCAUCAUUAUUAUUGCCAAGUUUAUUGCCGAAUAAAUCGAAUGGCAUUGAUGAUGAUGAUGAUGAUGAUGUGGAUGAAUCUACUCAUCUUAAAUUUAAUAUCGAUCCCGAUGAUGAUGAUGAUGAUGAACAUCGAACACGAGUAAAAAAUCUAAUUCCAGUUACUGAACAAUUAAAAAGCGUCCAACCAAAACAAACCGAAAAAACAACAUCCGUUAUAACUAAUUCUGGUCUUAAACAAAUUGUUUUGGAUUAAAUGAAAUGAAAUGAAAAUAUCAUUUUUUUAAAAUUGUUAUUGUUAUUACAAUCAUUAAACAAAUAAUUUUCGAUUUGUUGAUGUUUUUGUUUUGUGUUGAAAUAUG